UCACCGACGCCGAAAAUAAAGGAUUCAAAGAAAUACCCUAGUUUCAGAGCGGUUUUGGCACCCUCGAGUCUCGCUCGGCCCGCCGUCAGCCAUGGCUGAUCAGUGCAUUGUCUGUCUGGAGCCCCUGGACGUCGAGGCCAGCGCCAACCCGGCCCCGUUAGCACCUGCGGAACAGCAGGUGCUCAAAGACUACCACCAACGCCAUGCCACCGAGGAUGCAGAUGCACUCGCCAAACCGAACCAAGAAAGCGGGUCAGAGAACUCCAACCAUGAGAACGUAGCCAAAAUCGAGGUUUGCGGCCACAUGCUGCACGACGCUUGUCUGCGGGAGUGGACCGAAAAGGCAAACAGCUGCCCCAUCUGCCGCCAGACGUUCCAUACCGUCACCGUGUAUGACAGAGUUGGAGGCAAGCAACUAUCCAUCCGUAAAGUCGAGGACAAGAAGCAGGCACCUGUGGUGCCCGAAUACGACCCACGAGAAUGGAUGGAAGAGCUGGUCGAACAGCCAGAGCUCCCCGGCCGGCAUUGUCCCGUGUGCAACUCGGCCGGGGACGAGGAGGUGCUCCUCCUCUGCGACGGCUGCGAUGCGGCCUACCACACCCACUGCAUCGACCUCGACGAAGUCCCGAGGGGUCCGUGGUUCUGCAUGGAGUGCGAGCACGCCCUCGGCCCGGACGUUUUGCAGCCCAUCGACAACAUCCCUAGCCGGGACGGUGGCUUCCAGGGGCGGAGCUACUACUUCCCCCGCACCCAGGCGAGCAUGCGCCGUGCGAGGCAACGAGCCCAGUCGGACGAGUGGCAGGGGGCUUGGGGCCGCAUUACCGGCCGUGUCUGGGACGCGCUGGAGCUUGACCUCGACUACGAGGACGAGGAGGACCCGUCGGUCUUUGAGAGCCUGCAGCGCUCUCGCCAAUUACGCGAGCGGGAACGGGAGGAACACGAGCGCUGGCAGCAGCGCCUGAACAUCGCCGCCCGCCUGGGUGCGAGAGACGCUUUCCUGAACAACAUGACGCGUCGGGUCGAGCGCCCACAACCAGACCCGCCGACUCGCGAGGAACGGCUCGCCUGGGGCGCAUUGGAGAAGGCCAGAGACAUGGAGUCUCGAAAACGCAAGUCGCGCUCGGCCACGGCCGAGCCGAGCGAGGAGCCGCAUCACGAGCCCGAGAGAAAGCUGAAGCGGCCGCGCACGAGACGGUUGCCACCCACAAAUGGCGAGUCGUCGUCGUCUGCCGCUCGCGACGCGGGGCCGUCAGACCGCCAAUCGCGACAAGCCCAGCAGCAAGGCGGCUCCUCGUCGUCGCAGGCACCGGAGGCGCCGCCUUCGUUCUUGUCUUCGCUGCUCAAGGAGGUCGAGAUGAGCACGCCGUCAGACGAAGAGACGUUGAUGCAAAUGUUUGGGCCGAUCCCGGGCGUUAAUGACGCCCCAUCCCCGGCGCAUAGCCACGGGGCGGCCACGCCGCCGCCGAACCGCGCAAGCUCGCCCGUGAUGACGCUCAGCUCACACAUCGCGCCCCUGUACGCAUCACCCUCUUACACUCCGACCAGGGGUCUGUCGUUGGACACGGCGGAGAGCUCCCGCUCGUCGUCGCCCAAGAGGACAACGGCCCGACGAGAGGCCCAGUCCUCGCCCGACAAUAGCGACUCGGAGCACCGGGGCCGCAGACCGCGCCAGCCCGUCCGGCACGGGCCGCUGGAGCUCCGGCAGCCACAGCCCCGACGAACGCAUAACGGGGACCUGCCCCGGUCGCACAACACAUCGCCCGCGCGGAGUUCGCUCCCUCUGGAGCUGAAAGAGAGCAUCAGCAAGAUUGUGCGGGGCGCGCUAAAGCCGCAUUGGCGCUCCAAGCAGCUGACGGCCGAGCAGUACGAGACCAUCAACCGCGACAUCUCCCGGAAGAUCUACGAAGAGGUAAAGGAGCCGGAAAUCAGUGAGGAUAUGCAGCAAGCCUGGGAGAGGAUGGCGACGCAGGAGGUCGCCCGCGCGGUUGCCUCUCUCAAGGCUUAGGGAUUCGAGAGAGGGCGUCGACGUAUCCCCGUGAUGAACCAACGACAGUUUAUUGUGGAACACAGCACACGUAGCAUGAUUUUAUGACACAUGGCCAACGAUACUAAAAGGCUGG